CGUCAGUUGAUUUUUAGCGCGCAGCCACGUUGGGCGCGCCCGCACGACAUUAAUUUCGAAUUCGAAUUUUGAAUUUAUUUUUUUAUUCGAAAAAUAGAAGCGAGAUUUUGAAUUGAGAAUAUUUUAACAUUUUUUACUUUGUGCUAGUGUGGUGCUGUUUGUGAAUCGGAACGCAUUGGAGAGCUGUUUUCACUUUUCGCUCGCGGGAGUGAAUUGGCCAGCAAAAUGCUGCAGCAGAUCCUGCGAGAUAUGUGGGUGGACCCGGAGAUCUUGGCUGAGCUGGACGAGACGCAAAAGCAGACUCUCUUUUGCAAGAUGAGAGAAGAACAGGUGCGUCGUUGGCAAGUCUGGGACGAGAAAGUCAGCAAAGAGGAGAUCGAACGGCCGAAGUUCACUAACGGGAAGAAGCAAGUGCAGUUUCUUAAAGGGGAAGAUGGGGAGCCUUGGGUUUGGGUUAUGGGUGAACAUCCAGACGACCAGUCAAUCGAGAGCAUCCUUGCUGAGGAGGCGAGGCAGCGCGCGCUUGCGCAGGCCAGAGAGGAGGCGCACCAGUUACGCAAGUCGGUUGAGAAGGAGCUCACUCAUCUGAUUGAUUAUAAGCCUCUAGACAGCUUGGAACAAAAAUUUGAUUUAUCUCCGAAAACGGUGGACAGUUUAGAAGAUACUCUGGACCUGUAUUGUACCGUGGAUGAGUUGAGGCAGAGGAUGGACGAGUUGGACACAGAGGGGAAGAAGGACUUGGACAAGAGCUACUGUGACGAUAUCAAGCUGGACCUUAAGAAGAACACGCUGCAUUUCAACUUUAUUGAGGGGAAGAAAGAUAUACAGGACUCAAACGUGUGCCGCGGGGACGGCGUGAGCCUGCGCGUAGCGGCGUGGGAGCGGCGCGUGGCGGCCGCGCGCGCCGGCGACAUCCUGCGCGGGCUGCGGGCGAGGCGCGCGCGCACGCUGCGGGACGCGCAGCUGCAGGCGCGGGACGACGACGCCGUGUGGCGCGAGCAGGAGCGCAAAGCGAAAGAGGCGGAGGCUGCGAUGCGCGAGAUAGCGCGUGUAGCUCGCGAGGCGCACCGCCGCAGCGCCGAGCCGGAGGCGGUCUGCCCCACACAAACGAGCAAGCCGCUGACAAGAGAAGCAGUGGUGGAAUGGUUCAGGACACACGAGCUCCCUCGCGGUGUGUUUGAUGAGAAUAAACCUGUUGAUUGGUUCCAUGGCAUAACGAGCCGGUCGGAGGCGGAGGCGGCGCUGCGCGCGGCGCGUGCGGGCAGCUUCCUCGUGCGCGUGUCGGAGCGCGCGCUCGGGUACGCCAUCUCGUACCGCGCGCGCGACCGCUGCAAGCACUACCUCGUGGACGCGGCGCGCGGCUACCGCCUGCUCGGCGCGGGCCAGCUCGUGCACGACACCCUGGUUGAUCUCAUCAAUUACCACAAGGAAGUCCCGAUCACGGAGAGCGGCGGCGAGCUGCUGGUGACGUCAUGUCCUCCCGCGCAAACGCCUGUCAUCUAACCGCAGCCAUCUUGUUUACGUUCGCCAAUUCGAAUUUUACUAUUAAGCUCCGUAUAACUAUUAGCAAUAGGGACCAUUUUACUCAGUCAUUGAAUAGUUUUAUAUAUUCUAUUGUAAGAUUAUUUGACAAGAGAUCGUCUUGGAAAAUGUGUACUUCUGUGCUUAUAAGGUGCUAGUUAAUUAUUGGCCGAUUUUAGAUCUCUAGUUCGUAAAUGCAUUUUUAGUUGUAGGAAAUUAUCGUUUAAGAACUAUCUAGACUCGCUUUUUGAGUUUUGUGAUAAUUUUAAAGGUUCAUAACGAUUGGAUACUUCAGUAUUAUUUUGAAUAUCUCCCUAAAUCGGGACUGAUUGAGCCAAAGUAAAAUUGUUUCAGGAAAACUCUUGUUUUGCCAUUUAUUGUAGUUUUUCUUGUCUUAUUAUUAUUUGUAUAGCUACUGCCAAUUAGAGUUAUUUCAAA